AGCCGUGGAUGCCGCUGUUUCGCUGAAGCGGCACCCAGGAAAGAGCGACGCGGCCCGGGACGGAGCCCCGGCGCGGCCGACAUGGCCUGCUGCCACAAAGUAAUGCUGUUGCUAGACACCGCGGGCGGCGCCGAGCGCCACAGCCGGGUCCGGCGGGCCGCCCUGCGCCUCCUCACCUACCUGAGCUGCCGGUUCGGCCUGGCCAGGGUCCACUGGGCCUUCAAGUUCUUUGACUCGCAGGGGGCGCGCAGCCGGCCCUCCCGCGGGUGCGACUUCCGCGAGCUGGGGGUCCGCUCCUGGGAGGACUUCGAGGAGGAGCUGGAGGCCCGGCUCGGCGAGCGCGCCCCCGGCGCCCACCUGCCGGGCCCGGCGCCCCGGGCCAGCCUCACGCACAGCGCGCUGCUGGAGACGCUGCUGGACUACCAGUGGGACCGGCCGGAGAUCACGUCGCCCACGAAGCCGGUGCUGCGCAGCAGCGGCAGGAGGCUGCUGGACGUGGAGGGCGAGACCCGGGAGGCCGAGGCCGCGCCAGGGGGCUGCGUGAACGCCGUCUUCCUGCUGGCCCCCUGCCCGCAUUCGCGCAGGGAGCUGCUGCAGUUCGUGUCCGGGUGCGAGGCCCAGGUCCAGCGCCAGCCGCCCACGCCUAAGCAGGUGACGGAGAAGCUGCUGCCCAAGAGAGUCCAGGAGAUCCUGAUCGCCCGAAAAAUCCGCCUCUACUGGGUGGACACGACCGAGGCGUCCAAGUUGUGGGAAUCUCCAGACCACCUGGGGUACUGGACAGUAUGUGAAUUGCUCCACCACGGAGGAGGCGCUGUCUUGCCAUCCGAAACGUUCAGCCGGGAUUUUCCUAAAGCUGGGGAGACACUGUCAAGUGAGCCUCAUCUCUCUCCCUGGAUUUCAACUCUGCCGGCAGAGGCCACUUUAAACCGUUUGCUCUAUAAUUCUCCUGAGUAUGAAGCCUCAUUUCCACGGAUGCAGGGGAUGUUAUUUCUCCCUGUGGAAGGCCAAGAGAGUCAAGAAACAUGGACAGUCACCUUGGAGCCCUUGGCUAUGCACCAGAGACAUUUUCAAAAACCAGUCAGAAUUUUUCUGAAAGGCUCCGUGGCCCAGUGGUCCCUCCCGCCCAGCAGCAUUGCAGGCACUGACAGCUGGAUGCUGCAGACUCCAGAGGAGCACACGGCGACCCAGAGGCUGUUCCAGCAGCUGGUGAGCAGGCUGGUGACUGAGGAGCUGCAUCUGGUUGUCAAUGUGGACCCUGGAGAAGGCUGGCCCCUGGUCACCGGAGUUAUUUCCCCGCUCUCUGCCAAUGCUACAGUUCUCACUGUGUUCCGCACUGAGGAGGCUGUAUUUCAAAACCAUUUCCUCCAAGCAGCUGUGGCCCAGGGCCCCCAGGAUACAGCUUCCCUUUUCCCAGAUGUUGUGGAUGACGUACUGAAUCGGUUUCAUGAUUCACUGGAAAAUCCUGCUGCUUCUGCUCCUCCUGUUCCAGAGUGGGCCCAGCAGGAGCUUGGCCGCACCGUCGCCUGGAGUCCCACCAUUGUGGAGAAUUGGUUUCCUUUCUCAAACACCAGUGGUGCCAGUUCAAAUCUGAUGGAGUCAUUCUGGUUACUACAGGCUGCCUCAUGUAAUAAGGAAGAGGCUUCCAAAACCGAGAGUGAAUUAACCCGGGGCCUCUCGGAGCUCUACCAGAGAAAAUCCCGUGAAGAAUCCACUGCAGCUAAUCAAGAGGACAGCAGAAAGAAACGAGGUGUCCCUCGCACUCCAGUGAGGCAGAAGAUGAAUACCAUGUGCCGUUCCUUGAAGAUGGUGAACGUUGCCAGGCUCAACGUAAAGGCUCAGAAGUUACAGCCGGAUGGCAGUCCAGACGUGGCUGGAGAAAGGGGGAUCCCAAGGAUAGCUGGUGGAAGAGCAGCAGAUAAGCUGGAAGACAGAGGGAGAACAUUAAGAAGUUCUAAACCCAAAGAUUUUAAAACUGAGGAUGAACUACUGUCUUACAUACAUGAAAAUUACCAAAAGACUGUGGCCUCAGGAGAAAUCACAUUGUGUUCGUGUGCUCGGAACAUAAUCUCCACCAUUAAAGUGUUCCUGAAAUCAAAAGGCAUCAAGGAAUUAGAAGUAACUUGUCUGAAUCAAGUAAAAAGUAACUUCUUAAAAACGAGCAAAAGUCUUCGACAGAAUCUAGGGAGAAAGCUGGAUAAAGAAGACAAAGUCAGAGAGUGCCAGCUCCAGGUGUUUCUUCGUUUGGAGCUGUGUGUGCAGUGCCCUUCAGUACUUGAAAGUCCUGAUGAUAUGGAGCACAUGGUGGAGGAGGUGACAGAUUUGCUGCGCAUGUUGUGUCUCACUGAGGACGCUGCGUACCUGUCCAACUUUCUGGAGGAAGUUUUGAGACUGUACAUUGACUCGAUCCCAGAGACGCUGGGAAACCUUUACAACAGCCUCGGGUUUAUGAUUCCUCAGAAGCUGGCUGGCGUCCUUCCUACAGACUUUUUCAGCGAUGACUCCAUAACACAAGAGAGCAAAUCACCGCUUCCUUCCGUGCCUCUCCUGCCGAGUUCUCACAGAUCAGUGUCGGGCAGCACCGAAUCAGACCAGCUGGAAGAGCUGCGAACCAGAUCAGCCAAGAAGAGAAGGAAAAAUGCAUUAAUAAGACAUAAAAGCAUUGCAGAGGUUUCACAGAAUCUUCGGCAAAUUGAAGUUCCCAAAAUGUCCAAGAGAGCUACAAAAAAUGAGAGCACUUGCCCUGCCCAGCAGCCUCCGCCUCCAGGGAAAGAUACAGGACAAGAAGUCACCAAAGUUCGGAGAAAUCUCUUCAACCAAGAAGUACUAUCUCCCUCAAAAAGAUCUUUGAAGCGGGGGUUGCCCAGAAGCCAUUCGGUAUCAGCUGUCGAAGGUCUGGAGUAUAAACCGGACAGAAAGGCCAGAGGUUAUCACAAACUGCUGACAAAGAGUGUGGCUGAAACUCCAGUACAUAAGCAGAUCUCCAGAAGGCUGCUUCAUAGACAGAUCAAAGGCAGGUCCUCUGAUCCUGGCCCUGAUAUUGAAGUUGUUGAAGAGUCACCUGAAAAAGGAGAACAAGAAUUAAAUUUGAGAAGGAGUCCUCGAAUCAAGCAGUUGUCAUUUAGCAGGACACAUUCUGGAUCCUUCUAUUCUUUGUCUCAGCCAAAAUCCCGAAGUGUGCAAAGAGUCCACUCGUUCCAGCAAGGCCAGAGAGGAAAUUCUCCAGUCCGAAGUAUUCGAUCUCCCAAAAGGCUUCUUUUUGGGGCAGUAUCUGGGAUGACCAGCCCCUCAGAAAAGGGUUCAGCCCGAACUAAAAGGUCUUCAGGAAACAUGUCCAGGUCUGAGAUACGUACGGCGUACCAGACUCCCAAAAAGAGUUACCAGAAAUCUCCAAGUUUUCCUAGAACCACACCGGGGAGGUUCCCGCGCACGCCGCAGACUCCGCCGUGUGCUGCUGAUGGACUGCAGGUGCCCCCUGCGGAGAAGGCACCUGCAAAGCAGGCCGCUCCCCAGAAUCCCCUAGGAGAUUCCUCACGAGGCUGUGAUCCGCGGGGACCCAGAGGGACUCCUGGGAAAGGAUUCUCCCUGGCAGGAGAAGGUGCCUUUCUUGAAACAAAGUUACCAAGAACUCCCAGGAGGCAAGGUGCUCUUCCAUCUGAGUUUUUGCCCAGUUGUUCUUGGCCACAUUCAGUGAAUUCCAGUCCUGAAAGCCGACCCCAGCAUCCAGCAUCCCCACCUCCAUCGACCGCCCACCCUGGAAGCACGUGUGCGACCCCCAGCAGAUACUUUCUUAGAACACCACCGAGGGCAGAAUGUGCGGGCUCACCUCCGAAUCAGAAGCACCCACAGCUCAGCCCUGCAGCUGCUCGGUCAGAGGAACCAGCGCAGAGACCAAAGGACUAUGCUGUCAAAACCCCGAAGAGAUCAGGGAAGGCGACUGCGAAUUGUUCCCCACCCACUUCUCCAAAGAAACGCAUUCAGCCUCCUCUAUGUGAUGUUUCCAAGAACAGUCUGUUUAGGAAACCAACAGAGUCUCCUCCCCCUGAAGAGCUGGAUUGGAAAGAGCUCCCAGCGUGUUCCAGUGUAGCCCCACCCCUCUCUCCUGUGCCCUCGACUCCCUGCAAAACCUCCCGGGCAGCUGCUUCUGACGUCCCCCCUCCUCCACCCUCCAAAACUGGGAAAUGGUGCAGAAGGACCUCUAAUCCCGAAAGAAACUUCCUGCAGUGCCAGCCUGACACCCCUGCGUCCCCUGUGGUGGGGACCGACACCCUGGCAACCAUCACAGACUGUAGAAGGGGCCAGAAAGAAGUGAGUCUCUGUCCCCAGUCUCCACCUGAGGGUCAGAGUUCCCUGGGCACUGGUUUCGGGAGUGACUGGCACAGGUCCUCUCCUUUGUUUAGUUCCAGCGACACAGAAUGUCUUACUCUUGAGGAAGCUGAUUGCCAGGGCAGUGAUAGCUUGAAAAGUACGAUCUCGCCAGUGGGGGAAGGGGAGGGGCUGAGGACCUCCGCUGCUGGUGAGAAGCCGUCUGCGUCUGACCCCGGGAUUCCUCUGACUCCUCCUUCCUCUGGGCCCCUGUCUCCUCUGAUGCCAUCAUACGACCUGCGCUGCACAGCCGACAGGAGGCAGCGCCAGGCUGUGGCGCAGCUGGAGCAGCUGCAGGCCUCAGCUGAGCACCCACAAGCUGCUGCCAGCCCAGAGGCCUACGAGGUUGAGCUGCAGAUGCAAGCCUCUGGCCUUCCCAGGCUUCGGAUUAAAAAGGUCGACGCCGGCUCUUUGUGUGAGGCUGAGUCCCUGAGAAAGGAGGAGAGCGGCCUGGGGGAGGAGAGCCCCUUCCCUGCUCUCAGCCUGUCCAAGGCCAGCAGGUCGUCUAGCAAACCCGAAUGCACCUACGUGUCGCCCCCCUGCCUGCGGCCUUCACACAGCACACCCGGCAAGGGGGGGGGACAAACCUACAUCUGCCAGUCCUGCACCCCCACCCGCUGCCCCUCUAGCACCCCUUCCCCAUUCCAAACCGAUGUCGGGGUUCCUUGGACACCAUCCCCCAAGCACAGUGGGAAGACCACUCCCGACACAAUUAAAGACUGGCCCCGGAGGAAGAGGGCGGUGGACUGCAGUGCUGGCCCCUCUGCUGGGAGGGGCGAGCUCGGUGUGGACCUUCCUGGUGUCCUGCCACCACUUGAACCUGAGGCAAAGGAGCGGGGCCUUGAACUCAGCUUGCACAAGACUUCCAUCCUGGGCGAUUUUGAGCUUGAGGGUGUGUGUCAGCUGCCAGACCAGUCACCCCCGAGGGACAGCGUGCCCAAGGCUGAGGACACCUUCUCGUGGGGACAGUUUGGGCUGGGUUCCAGGAAGAGACUCUUGUCCAGCAAGGAAGAUCCUGAUUAUCGAACCAAGAGGGUCUGUGCCGGCCCCAGAGAAGACCCAGAAGAGGGGCAGAGUGAAGAAAGGUCUCCGAGCUGCAGUGGGCGACCACUCUCCUCCAUGGGGGACGACGAGGUGUUUGUUUCUGGCUCCACCCCACCUCCCGGCUACGCUGUGCGCAGCUGCCUGUCUGCCAGCGGUCUCCAGGCCCUGACCCAGUCCCCGCUGCUGUUCCAGGGGAAAACGCCAUCCUCUCAGUGCAGAGACACCAGAGAUGAGGACGCGGAUGUGUUUCCCUCCAACGCCGAGGAAUCUCCCUUCAGCCGAGCACUCUCCAGGAGGCGCCCCAUUGGCAGAACUUACACGCGGAAGAAGCUCCUCAGCUAGCCAGGGAGGUGCCGGGCGAGGACUCAGGACUACGGACUACACACACUACUGACCCCGUCCAGAUCCGCCGCCUGUCCCAGGCAGUAGUGCUCUGAGCGUGGUUCUUCCGGAUGCACGGGGGACUCCACGCUCGUACCAUAAAGGAAUCCUAGCGGUUUGUCCAGAAACGGUCGUACCGCAGCCUGAUGGGACGAGAAAGCUGGAAAGAUGCGGGGAAGUCAGCUAGGUCCCACGGGCAUGGAGAAGUCUGGGACCUGGUCGGCUUUCCGAUUCCCUCGGUGUUAACGUCCCCCUCCUGCAUUCACCCAGCCCCAGCCCAGCUGUGCCUUGGGCAGUUGGGGAGCAGGAGACCAGACAAGGGUCUGAGAUGGGACCACCAUGCCCUGCGGUGAGAACAGACAAGGAGCCCUGUGCCAGGUGCUUCUCGGAGCUGCUGCAGACGGCAUCGAGCAGCAGGGAUUUUCUGCAUCCCCUGAGUAACAAUAAAACCACCUCUGCUUACUCGGUGUUCAGUGCUUCUCUCUGUAAUGCUCCAGCCUGUGGCUAACUGACCACGGUCCAGCUCUAGGGUUCCCAAGCAACCACAUCUCCAGGUGUGCCCUGAGAGCCAGCCCGUCCCGGGCACAGUCCCGGCCCAGUCACAGAGCCCAGCACCUGGCCAGAGGCUUCCUUCCGGAGCGCCCCAAGGAGCAGCAACCGGCCUGGCUGUUGGGUCUGGGACAAGGGCCCGGCCGGCAGUGACAGCACUGAGGACUGCAUCACAGUCUCCAGAAAGGGGACCAAACCUGGUUGUCUUGUAAAUCAAACUCUGUAGUGGAAUGAGAAGGCCAUGCCAAGGUGGCCACUGGCAAGCGAGCGUCAGUUAGUCAGGAAUGGCUUUGAAAACUGCCUGGCGACAGGCUGUGAUUGGAUGGCUCUGGAAACUGCCUGGCAACAGGCUGUGAUUGGUUGGGGUAUAGACCGCCCCUUGACCAGAUUGGCUGGUCUUGGCUAUAAAAGCUUUGUAUCAACUGUAAUAAACGAGUCUGCAGGCUGCUCGCCUCAAGCCUGCUCUCACCGGACUCCCGGGGUCUGUGUGUUGACUCCGCGCCUCUUGCCCCCACCACGCUGCUCUUCUCAGUAACGAACCCAACUGCCACAUUGUAGAGAAUUCAACGGCUACAAAACUCCAAGUGAAAACUCUGAGAUUAUU